AGAGUUGAGGGCAACAUGGGAGGGUUUCUGUACCUUUGGAGUAAGGUUCUGAAGGGCGAGAUGCCGGAGGGAUCAGGCCUGGCCAAGCUGGUGGAGGCCCACGGCAAGUUUGGAGUCUCCAUCAAAGUACAGAAGGCAGCUGGUGUUGGAGGAGCAAAGGGAUUCUUUGAAUCCAAGAUGAACGAAGAUGCUGACAAGGAGAAGUACCAACAGGAGAUACAGGAGCAGCAGCGGUUGGACUACGAGCGCAAGCGGCAGGAGAAGGCCGAAAAAGAGAAGGAGGAGGAACGCAAAGCUGCGUUCAAGGCCCGUGCUGGAGCAUUUGAGUAGCAACUCUCCACCAGUGAUUAUCAAUACUGUAAUGUUAAACCUUUGCAACACAGAAGUCAGCUUGUCAAGCUUGGUACUAUAUAAGAAAACAGAGUCAUGAGAAAAUUAGCUGAAGCUAGGUGGCUUGAAGUUUGCUGUUCAGGGCAGUUUGUAGUUCCUUCUCCAUGUAAAAGCCAACCUGCAUUAGUACACCCACAUGUUUGAGGAUUGCUCAUGUUUGUGUGAAAGUGACAAAAAACAUAACAAAUAGGAUGUGGCAAUGUUGGCAUUUUGACAGUGAGUUUGUUUUUGUCCGACUGGUACUUCACUUCCUCUCCAUCCCUAAGAAAAGAUUUGAUAUUCAUGAGAAUAAAGUAUCUGUAACCUGCA